GCUGAAGGUUUGGUUGCCCCUACCCUAGCUGGCACCAUGAAGUUCCCUCUAGUCCUCUGCCUGCUGUGCCUGCUGGUCCAGGUUGCCUUCCACUCUGUGCAAGGGUGGCAGGCCUUCAAGAAUGAUGCUACCGAAAUCAUCCCUGAGCUCAGUGAGCAGCCCGAACCUCCGCCUGACCUAGCCAACAGCAAUAACAAGACGAUGAACCGAGCGGAGAAUGGAGGGCGAUACCCACACCACCCCUUGGAGCCCAAAGACGCCUCGGAUUACAGCUGCCGGGAGCUACACUUCACCCGCUACAUCACUGACGGUCCCUGCCGUAGCGCCAAGCCUGUCACCGAGCUGGUGUGCUCGGGCCAGUGUGGGCCAGCGCAUCUGCAGCCCAAUGCCAUCGGGCGCAAAUGGUUGUGGCGCCAGAGCGCCGCGGACUAUCGCUGCAUUCCCGACCGCUACCGCACGCAACGCGUCCAGCUGCUAUGCCCGGGAGGCGAGGAGGCCCGGACUCACAAGAUCCGUGUCGUAGCCUCCUGCAAAUGCAAGCGCUACACCCGUUUCCACAACCAGUCGGAGCUCAAGGACUUCGGCAAGGAGGCUGCUCGGCCCUCCAAGAACAAGAAGCCCCGGCUGUCCCGGAUCCGGAGCAGCAAGUCCAAACAGCCAGAGCUGGAGAAUGCCUACUAGGGCACCCCUAGACCCUGCCCCAGGCCGCUUCUCCCUCCAAGACGUGCCAGAGCCGAGGUUGUCCUCCGAAGGCGUCUGGGUCUUUGUUUCUUUCUUUGUUUUGUUUUCUUGCCUGAAGCCCAGGGUAGGGUCUGUCUCCCCAAACCCCGAACUCUGAACCUUCUAGCGCAGAGGCUGAGGUAGACAGAUAGCCAGGCCACUGGGCAACUCGGAGGGGAGCGAGCACCGUGGAGUAGCCACGAGGAGGGCAGGGGGCCUCCUGCCAGCCUUUGAACAGGCAGGUGGGUCCUUUCUCUGGGAAGGGGAGAGCUGGGCAGGUAGGAUCUACAGGCACAGACAGACUCAGCCCCACCACCACUACGACUGGAGUUGGGCGGGGAGAGUCUCUUCACUACCCUUCGCUUCCGCCAAUUUGCUUAUACCCCAGGGGUUAAAAGAGAGCGCUUCAGAGCGAAUGAAUUAAGCCCAGGGCUUUGCAACUUUCAGUAAUAUCUGUGAUUUACUGAUUGGAAAAGAGACUUGAGCUUAGUCCUCCUUUGUCUCCUGGUCCCAAUUCCACUCAAAGGCCUUUAAGGUGUAAACAUCAUGUUGUCAAAAAGGAACCCCAACCUUUAAAUAGGAAGGGGAGAGAAAAUGGACAAGAUGAUCUUGAGGAACGUAGCCAACUUUGAGAAUCUGAGCUAUGAGAUCAUCUCUCCCUCCUAACAAAACCUAAUUCUGUUCACUAGUGUUCCAGGAGGGUGGGGAGAUGGUCUCUUUCACAGCCUGACUUUCCAGUUCAGUUUUAAACAAAUUCUUUGCCUUCAGAGAGGUGGUUGCCGAGUUAAUAUAGUUUGCAAAGCUUGUGAACUUUCAUUUUCAGCCACCACUAAAUUGUCAGCUGGGUGAGGAGACGGGCUAAUUCCCAACACCAAACGGGAGCAGAGUAGGGAAGAAAUAACAGUACUGGGCUCUUUAGAGUAAGCCAGGAGUGAGGGUGGUGGUGGGGAAAGCAGCUGGAGAAACCUUGGCCCUCCUUCCCCAAAGGAUAGUUCUAUUCCUGACCUAACCUUUUCUUUCUUAUAGUAAAUAACUUCUGCAAAGUUCUCUUGUGACCCAGCCCCCCUCCCGCCCACCCCAGUAACUGGGGUCUAUGCCCACAGGGCUUCUUGGCAGAGGCCAGAGUUGCUUCAAUGUAAAAGAUGAGCCAGUCAAAAGGCCUGGUCCAUGAACAUGUAGUUCACUGGCACAUUCUUGUCCUGAAAAUAGCUUAGCACCAUGCAUACAUGUGUUGAUGCUCCUUUCAUUAAAGGAUUAUUAUUAGAAAGCAAAAACAACAAAAAAAUUGCAACUGCUGUACAUAUGCUGAAAAACCACAAAAUGCAAUAACUAAAAUCCAAAAGUCUUUUGGUGAAAUAUUUCCAGACACUUCUUUCUGUAUAAUUUUAAAAAUGUUUUGUUGUGUGUGUGUAAAUGUGUGUUUUUAAGUGUAUUCAAUGUGAAAGCCUGCAGGUCUGGUAGCUUGCAUCUGCAGUCCCUCCAGGUGGGACCCUGACCCAGGAAUGAAAGUAAUUGUUUUUAAAAGAAUAAGUUACAUAUUUAUUUUCUCGUUUAAGUUAUUUAUGCAAAGGUAUUUUUUCUCAUAGAGAACAAAAAUUAAUAUUGCUUUAUGGAAUAAGUCUGGUCUUUCGGGAUU